AUGGAAAAAAGAGAAGCAACCAUUCCCUCAAAAAAGGAAAUUUUAGAAUCAAUACUUAAAUCUUGCCAAAGAGUAAUGAAGGAGGAGAAUGAUUGUUUUCAAAAAGGAGAAGUGGAAAUUAACUACUCUGCUUUAGCUGAAG